CAUCAUCACAAUUGUCUCGACCAACGUUGUCUUCACAGGCCACCACAGGUAUACAAAUUUGUUAUGUACUUAAAUUAUAUUAAUUAAAUUAUUUCAUUUUCACUAUACAUAAGCUUUCUAAUUUCAUAUGCUAGGACCGACGACUUCUUCAUAUCCCACCUCAGGUACACGGAAGAGGAAGCUCAAUAACCCCUCUCGCACUAUGGCUGAUGUUUUGCGUAUGCAGACACAAUCACCACCACCAUCACAACCAUCGAUACAACCACCACCGCCAUCACAGCCACCGAUACAACCACCACCACCAUUACAACCACCGAUACAGCCACCACCACCAUCACAGCCACCGAUACAGCCACCACCACUACCAUCACAGCCACCGAUACAACCACCACCAUCAUCACAAUUGUCUCGACCAACGUUGUCUUCACAGGCCACCACAGGACCGACGACUUCUUCAUAUCCCACCUCAGCGACUAAUUCACAAGCCAACUCAGGUAUAACAAAUGGCUAUGUAUCUAAUUACGUUAAUUUAACUACAAGUUAUUUAUUAUCAAUUUUUGUAAUAUGUGUUUUUUUUUCCAUUACUCCUCACAUGCCCUACAGGUUCUUUAUCUUCCCCCCGAGGUCGAGGAUUUGCGAAAGGCAUUAAAGAUUGGGGUACGGGGAAGAAGUUGGCCAUUGAUUUCGAUGCCGACUUCAAUCCUACUGGAGAUAAUGAGUCUAAGUUAACUAGCCAACUUGGGUUCGUGGUACGUAAUGGGAACAUUGUUUCUCUUACGUACGUUGAUUGGACCGAAGUGCCUAUUGAUGUUCUUGAGUCAAUAUGGGCGGAUGUUAAGGAUAAUUUACAAAUUUGUCCGGAGGGGUACAAACCACGUUGCUUGAAAAAGUGCAAUGAGUUGUGGAAGGAUCACAAAAGCAAGAUCAAGAAUAAGUAUUUUAAGCCUAACAAGGAUCAUACUAAUAUCAAAGACAUGGUGCCUCCGCAAAUUGUUCCAGAACAGUGGUAUGAUCUUGUUGAUUAUUGGAAGACUAAGAAAGUAGAGGACAUUGCAAUCCACAAUGCUAGAAGUCGUUCCUUUCAUUAUAUUAAUCAUACGACAGGACGUACUUCAUUCACUCAGAUUCGAAGGAAGAUGGUUGCUGAAGGGUUGCCCACGGAUAAAAUGAGUGUUUGGAAAUAUACACGCAAUCAAACUGGCCCUGAUGUUAGGCAAACCAUGGAUGAGUUUGAGCGCCAAUUGUCCAUGUUGCCUGAAGAUUACCGCACUACCGAAGAUGCUCGAGAUAGUGUUUUCCACGAUGUGGUCGGUGAAGAUGGGCAUGGAUAUUGUCGUACUUACGGCAAGGAUGUGCCUUGGAGCAUGGUGUAUGGAGAUAAAUCUAAGUCAUCACAGUCAGGAUCUCAGUCAUCGAUUGUUGCCGAGAUCACAAAGCAGGUUCGUACGGAGUUGAGACAAGAGCUGAGAGAUGAGAUUUGAGAGGAAUUGAGGGAGGAGAUGCGAACAGAGCUUUUGACACAGAUACAAGAAAUGAAAGCUGAAAUGUUGGAUAUUGUGUCCCACGAAGGGAGUACAAAUCACAACAAACAGGUACCGGAUGCAUUGAGUGGACACCGUGAACCUACGGAUUAUGACGCCGAUGAGAACCCACAUACACCACCACCUAAUGAUGAGGUAAACUUUCAAACAAUUUGAAAACUUGUCGUUUGUCAAAAUUUGUCGUUUUGUAACUUUUUUUCCAAACUGGUUGAUACACUAAAAUGCUCAAACGGGUUCGGAUAUCAACAUACUAGGCACACAUGACUUGUAGGAUAAGACGGGACUCGAAACCGAUUCCCGGUUUUCAAUCUAAAGCCUAAUUUCCGUUAAUAAAAACUUGUUACUUAAUAACUCUUUUUCAAACCGGUUGACACACUAAAAUGCUCAAACGGGUUCGGAUGUGAACGAAACUUGACACGCACAACAUACUAGGCACACAUGACUUGUAAGAUAAGACGGAACUCGAAACUGAUUCCCGAUUUUCAAUCUAAAGCCUAAUUUUCGUUAAUAAAAACUUGUUACUUAAUAACUCUUUUUCAAACCGGUUGACACACUAAAAUGCUCAAACGGGUUCGGAUGUCAACGAAACUUGACACGCACAACAUACUAGGCACACAU